ACACCUCCCUGCUUGGCUGCGUAUGCAGCGACUGGAGGCGGGGACCACGGGUGAAAGUUCACCGGCAUGGCGCUCACGUAUCAGGUGAACGCUGUGGGAAAGCUGGAUACCACGAGCAGCUUGAAUCCAAAACAAAAUGUCAGCAUGACCAGUGAGAAAGUUUCAGUCCUGUGCGGAGAGGAGGACGAGGCUCUGGAAUAUGACGACGACGAGUACGACCUGGAGGCGUUUUCCGAUGCCGACCUGAGCUGUGAGGACAGAGCUCCGGGCUUCAGUGAUUCCAUGAAUGGUGUGGUCAAACCUCGUAUUUUGUUGAUGGGCCUGAGAAGGAGUGGGAAGUCCUCCAUCCAGAAAGUGGUUUUCCAUAAAAUGUCUCCCAGUGAGACUCUGUUCCUGGAGAGUACUAAUAAGAUCUGCAGAGAGGAUGUCUCCAGCAGCUCCUUUGUCAGUUUCCAGAUCUGGGACUUUCCUGGCCAGAUUGACUUCUUUGACCCCACUUUUGACUACGAAAUGAUCUUCAGAGGCACUGGAGCGUUAAUCUUUGUCAUUGAUUCACAGGAUAACUAUGUGGAAGCUCUGAGUAGACUGCAUCUCACAGUAACCAGGGCUUACAAAGUAAACCCCGACAUCAGCUUUGAAGUGUUCAUUCACAAAGUGGAUGGCUUGUCUGAUGACCACAAGAUCGAGAAGCAGAGGGAUAUCCACAAACGAACCAACACUGACCUCACAGAUGCAGGACUGGAGCAGAUACAUCUAAGCUUUUAUUUAACCAGCAUAUAUGACCACUCCAUAUUUGAGGCCUUCAGCAAAGUGGUCCAAAAGCUCAUACCACAGCUGCCAACGCUGGAAAAUCUGCUGAACAUCUUUAUAUCUAACUCAGGUAUUGAAAAGGCCUUCUUGUUUGAUGUAGGCAGCAAGAUUUACAUCGCUACAGACAGCAGUCCAGUAGAUAUGCAGACGUAUGAACUGUGUUGUGAUAUGAUUGACGUGGUCAUUGACAUCUCCUGUAUUUAUGGUAUGCCAAACGUUGAAGCUGGUUUACCCCAUGACAAAGACUCUAUGGCCAUCAUUCACCUGAACAACACCACAGUCAUAUACCUGAAAGAGGUCACCAAGUUUCUUGCCAUGGUCUGCUUCCUCCGCAAGGAAAGCUUUGCUAGGAAAGGACUGAUCGACUACAACUUUCACUGCUUCAAAAAAGCCAUCCAGGAGGUUUUUGAUGUUCGCGUAAAGGUUCAACAGACCCGCAAACUCCUUAACCAAAGGAGGUGGAGUAAACUGACUCUGACCAGCGGAGUGUGCAGUAGCACCCAUUAACGACUGUACCAGAGCUGCACCCUGAUGGUUUUAUUUUAAUCUUUUUCUUAGUGUGAAUCAUUUGGUCCAUUCAGCCCCACAGUGUCUUUCACUUGCCUAACUGUUUUUACUGGGCAAAGAGAACAAAGAAAACUAAACUACACAAAAAAAUAAUAUUUAACAAGAUUUGAAGAUGCUUAACAUGGGAAACUGAACCAAUUAGUAUUUUAAUGCCCCAUUUUUUGUGGUGACCUGUGGCAUAUGUUGAAUCUUCACUUUUGGUCUGUUUUGCUUUGUUGUUAUUUGUUUUGGUAAUGUGACAUUAAAGGUUUGUAGAAAAAAAUACUUUUAAAAUAAAGAAAUAUACAAGAGGCAGUAGAAGAGCCCUUUAUUGUCAUUGUACAACAAAAUUGUGGAAAUUCAAGUUCCCCGACUGCAUAGUAGAAGUAUGUGUUGUGAUGGAAAAGCUUUUUAAACCAUACUUUCACCCAAACAGACCAAAUCUUAAAGGUUUUUUCUUUAUCAGAUUUGACUGGUGAUUCUAUACAUGCAGUUUUUUACAUCCAGGAAAGUGGGGAGAGAAACUGGCGAAGCCACGCACCAAAGGACAUAUUGGACCCAGACUGCUCUAUGAUCUACUCCUCAACUAGUGAGUUUAACUGGCGCAACAUACAUGCAGUUUUUAUGUCCCUAUGACCACUGAAAUGGACGUUAAAUGUCCGAUUAUGUGUCAGAGGGGUUUUCAAGUGGUGAGACCUGUUCUGAUUUGUCAGUUAUCAUCCUUGUGUCAGUAGAAGAAUCGAGUCAGCAUCUCUUUUCUAUACAGUAUUUUCAUUAACAACAAGUCUUCUAGCUAAAAGUUAAUGUGAUGACUGAAGUGUUUCCCUGGUCCCUGUAUUAAAAAUGUUGAUCUCAAACUGUCUUUUGCACUACAUUUGACACUGUCUAUAUUUUUAUUUUUUGCUUGGAUUUUGAGUCGUGACUGCACUCAAAGUUUCACAAUUUUUUUAAAUUCAGAUUCUUUUCCAUCCAUCCCUUACCCAGCUGACCCAAAGUCAAAAAAGUUGAUCAUUUUUAUGGUUGCAUGCAUCUUUAAGAAUCAUCAUUAAUAACUAAAUUAUACAGAAUCCUGAACGCACUUUGAUCCAUUAACAUAGAUCUGGAUUUGGUCAGUGUAAAUCUGUGUUCUAUGAACUUUCUUAGACUUUUGAAAAUUCAAAACAUUGUAGCAGGUAAUGGCACAAAAUGGAAAAUACAAUUUUAAUCAACAUUUACAUGCUCUGCAGGACAUUGUAAGUUUUGUUUGAUCGUUUGCAUGAAUCGUCAGGUGGUUCGUCACCUUGAAUUAUUUCACUCUCUCCUCUGCUUUCAUAAAGGCUGGAUCAAGUGUAACCUGUGCUACAGGAAGUAAUAAAGGGAACAUUGAAACUCCUUUCCCUUCUAUUAGGAGAAUCUGAAUGACUCUUAUAAUGACUGUCAGUUAGGAAGCUUCCAAACCAAAAUAAACUAUUGGACUGGAACACACCCUGAAUUUCUCUC